UACAUCGUGGGCUGUUGUUGAUGUCAAGCGUGAUAAAACCACACACACAUAUAUAUAUAUAUAUAUAUAAAGCGCGUUCCCACAGCAGCAUCGCCAAAGGGGGGCUGCGCGCUCUCACACGCACGUAUUUCCAUUUUUAGCCACACAAUGUGAGAAAUCACUUGCGAUGAGAUACGAUGACAUAAGAUCAUUUUUAUCAGCCGCCUUGCAUCAUGCCAAACGACACGGACGUGCCUGAAUGCGCCCUGGGACGCGGAUCGCGCAUCUCCAUCGCCACCAUCUACUCCUUCAUGUGCGUUUUGGGCACCAUCCUCAACCUUCUAGUCAUCUAUUUGGUCGUAACGUUCAAGAAGCUCCGCACGGCCAGCAAUGCGUUCAUCGUGAACGGCUGCGUGGCGGAUUUGCUGGUGUGCGCUUUCUGGAUGCCCCACGAAGCGGUGGCCACAUCCACGGGUGGGAUCCUCGCGCUCGGGUACCACGCGUUCAAAGAAGCGCUGCUGUUUCUGGGCAUCACCGUGUCCCUGCUUUCCCAUUCGCUUAUUGCUGUGAAUAGGUAUGUGUUGAUCACCAAAACCCCUGCUGUGUAUCAAAGUCUGUAUCAGAAGAGGAACACAGAAUGGAUGAUUGCAGGAUCAUGGCUCAUCUCAUUAGGCUCUUUGUUACCAUGGCUCACAUCCUUUCGGUACCCGCCUGAGAGAUGCAGGGAUGCUGAGGAUGCAGCAUCAGCAUCCUUCGCCAAGGGCACUUCGGUGUCGGUGCUGUCCAGUCGGGUCGCUGCUGGCACAUUGGCGGUCACUAUCAUUGGACAGACUGUUGUUGUGGUAUACUGCUACUUUAAAAUCUUCCGCCGGGUACAGAUAAGCGUGAAGAGGGUCAGUAUUCUGAAUUUCCAAAUAGUGAACAAUCUUCCCUAUUCUUUCCCCAGAAAAGACAGGCGCCUCGGGUUUUAUGUUCUCGCAGUGUGCUUCAUAUUCAUUCUCAAAACUGAGCCCAUAUUCUGGGUUCUGAUGGCAGGACUGUUCGUGCCAGUGUCCAUGGCUCUUUGGACAUCAACGUGGAUUGUCUUCUGCACUAUCUUUGUGUCCAAUCCGUUUCUGUACACUUGGAAGAAUGAGGAGUUCAGGAAGUCCUUUAGGUCUGUGAUGAGGGGAGACUUGCGGGGAUCCACGGUUGGGGUUGAGCCCAUCACGAUCAAUACCAUUUCUCACAUCUUCCCACGACAAAACAGUCGCAGGGCUUUCCUGGGUGAGAUGAACUGAGUCACCGAGUAAACCUUAAAACUACGUGGCCCAAUGCUGCUUGUGUCUGGACUGUGUGUCUAAGAUGCUUCUACAGUCUGCCAGUGAUUUUUCAGUCACGAUAAGCUGCGUGGAUUUUAAAGCAGGUUUUGAACGAUUUUGUGACUUAAUGUUACAUUUAUGAAACAGUGUUUUUUGUAAAACAGUAACUACACUGGCACUUUUUUAAAAUAAGACAUUUUUAUGAAUGUGUUGAAAUAAAUGGGA